GUGCUACAGGUUAUCUGCAGAAUCAGGAUCAGAUAAGACUUUACCAUGGACACCUUGUUAGCAGUGGCAAUUCACGACGGCUACGGUUGGAUAAUGCCUUUGAAAUGUCAAGAGGGAUUUUGAUUUGCAAGAGGCACAGUUGUGUGUAAAGUUUACUUCUGCACCAGCUUUAACCUCUAGGAAUUAAUCCCUGCUUUGCUUCUGCAAGAUGUCUGUGAGAACUCUCCCUCUGGUCUUCAUUAAUCUUGGUGGAGAGAUGCUUUACAUAUUGGACCAACGCCUGCAAGCUCACAACACGUCUGAGGACAAUUCAGAGAAAGGAGUGUGGUCAGAGUAUGACAGAAAAAGAGUGAUGAAUGACAUCGUCGGCACCAUGUUUAAUAAAGGCUUUAUGGAUGAACUUCUCAAACCUCAGCAGCUGUAUUCUCAUAGGACACUGAAGACAGUACUUACUCGUUUAGCACACGCAUCAAUCAUGAGGCUAAACCCGGCAAGCAUGGACAGGCUUUAUGAGUUGAUGAUCAUGGCCGUCAAAUAUCAAGUCUUCCUUUGUCCUCGGCCGAGAGACCUGCUCCUCAUCUCGUACAAUCACAUAGACACCAUCAGGGAAUUGGUAAAGGAAACCCCUGUGGCCCUGAACCAAGUGGAAGAAGCACACAGGAAAAUCGUUGAGGUUUACUCAUCGUUAUCAGAAGGUGAAUUCCAGCUUCUCCGACAAACGCUGCUCAUAUUUUUAUCAGACAGCCAUGUUCGUGUGUCACUUUUCAUAAAAAAUAAAGUCCAGAAUCCAAAUGGACGUUUUGUCCUGUCGACAUCAGGCCCAGUCCCUCAUGGCGUAGAUAUUCCAGGUCUUAUCAGGACGUUUGACAGUAAAGGAAAAGAAGUCAAACAAAGUGAGUUCCCCACAGGAGGAAGUUACACCAGCCCCAUCAGAGAGGGAUCUUUUGAGCUGCACGGAGACAGAGUCAUCAGACUUGGGCUGAACAUGUACACUGUGAACCAUCCAGAGGAGACACACACAUCCAAAGCUUCCUCAGUCAAGCACACUGACGACUCUCCGAACCUGCUGGCCAAAGAGGAGCUGAACCAGCUGGCCCGUCUGAUGGGCAGCAUGAAGGCCGACGACACGCCCAAAUCGGAACCUUACUUUAGGAUCAACCUGUUCACUACAGACGAAGAGGGGGAGGAGGAGGAGGCGGCGGAGAGAACAGCCGGAGGAGCCGAGGAGCCUUUGUUUGGAGUGAUAAAUAUUCAAGCUAUGCAGGAUGAACAAGUUGCGACUGAGCUGGCUCGCAUCGCGGGACAGUUUACAGAAGGAGAAGAGCAGCCUGACGAUCCCAGCAGCAGCAGCAGCAGCAGCAACAAGGGAGACGACCUGCUGGCCAUGAUGGACCACCUCUGAUGUUGAUCUGUAGUUUAACAUUAUUAAUCAGACUCUUUUACUGUUUCAACUUCACUGCCUCACUCUGGAUUAGUCUAUAAUCUCUCACUGUGGGCUUUUAAUAUCCAGUCGUUCAUGAAUGAAGCUCUACACUUGAUAGUUUAAUUUGAA